CUUGCCACAGCUGGAUUGAAAACAUCUGGAUCCGCCUCCGAGGCCAGAAACGCGUCGGUCCAAGCGGCUCAGCUCUUCCAGCUCACAGGACAGCCUCUAAAACUUCUAUCCAUGCGAACUUUUCUUUGUUUCUGACAGUGAGGAAGGUCAAAGAAGAGUCUUAGUGACUUAAGAAGAUCUUGACUGGGGGAAAACGAUGGAGCUCAGGGGCUGGAGAGUCACGCCUUUCAUAUGUGUCCUUCUGUCGCUCCUAUUUCAGGCCAGUGCCUUCAGUCACAUAACGACUAACCUUUGUAAGUGGUGUGACCAGUCCAGUCCUGUGUGUGAGGACAACAUCUGCAUGAGCAACUGCAGCUUAAGCUCCUUUUGUACCAAUGCCGAGGAGGUCUGUGUGGCUAUAUGGAAGAAGGAGAAUAAUAGUGUGAGCGUGCAGACUCUAUGCCACAAUCCUCAACAUGCACUGGAGAACAUUGUGCUGUCUAAUACCAGCUCCGCAGAGUGUGUAAUGACUUCAGUGCCCUCCGAGAACAGUAUGCUGUUUCUCUGCAGCUGUAUCAGGGAGCAUGACUGCAAUGACAAGCUCAUCUUUGAGAGGGGAGCAAAUGGUUUCUCAAUGCUAAGGAGUAAAGAUGUGAUUCCAGUAGUGGUGAUAAGCCUGGUUCCUCCACUCCUAGUAGCUGUGAUUGCUACAAUGGCAUUCUACCUCUAUCGCACACGCCACCUCAGCAAACAACCCAAAGACUGGGCACCGAAGCGCACACAUUACCAGUCACUGGAUCCACCUGAGGCAUGUGCUGGUGAGGCGAAUACCAGCGACUACCACGGCAAGCUUCUAUCCCUCAGUGAAGACGCCAAUUCGGACAUAUCAUCAAGCUGUGCCAAUAGUCUAAACCACAACACAGAACAUCUACCUAUUCAGCUGGAGAUGCUGGUUGGCAAGGGGCGAUUUGCUGAGGUCUGGCGAGCACGGCUUAAUCACAGCGAAUGUGGGCAGUAUGAAACGGUGGCUGUAAAAAUCUUCCCAGCUGUAGAAUAUGCUUUCUGGCGCAACGAGAGAGCCAUCUUCUCUGACCCUAACCUGAAACAUGAGAACAUUGUGCAGUUUCUGACUGCAGAGCAGCGUGUAGGUACAGCUAGUGCACCCCAGAGGCAGUACUGGCUAAUCAUGGCCUACCAUGCUCUGGGGAAUCUGCAGGACUUCCUAGUGAGCCAUGUGCUAAGCUGGAGUCAGCUGUGUGCAAUGGCAUCUUCAGUGGUACGAGGCCUCGCGCAUCUGCACAAUGACACGACGCCAUGUGGGACACCCAAGGUGCCCAUCGCACACCGAGACUUGAAGAGCAGCAACAUUGUGAUGAAGAGCAACAACGAGUGUGCUUUGUGUGAUUUUGGCCUAGCGCUGAGACUGGACAUCUCUCUCACCGUGGAUGACUUUGCUAACAGUGGGCAGGUUGGAACGGCACGCUACAUGGCCCCUGAGGUCCUUGAAUCUCGAGUGAAUUUGGAGGAUUUGGAGUCCUUCAAACAGAUGGAUGUGUACUCCAUGUCUCUGGUGCUGUGGGAAAUGGCCUCUCGCUGUGAUGCUAUAGGAGAGGUGAAGACCUACGAGCCUCCAUUUGGUUCAAAGGUGUGUGAUCAGCCAUGUGUGGACAGCAUGAGGGAUCUGGUGCUGCGGGACAGAGGACGACCCGACAUCCCCGUCAGCUGGACAGUACAUCCGGGAAUGCAGGUGCUAAGUGCCACUAUUACAGAAUGCUGGGACCAUGACCCAGAGGCACGUCUGACUGCACACUGCGUACUGGAGCGCUUUAACACAGUGGCACAGGAUGAACUGGAGAGCAGUGCUAUCUUUGUCUCCAUCCCCAGCUCCACCGAGCAGCAGGACUCCCCUCUCCCCUCUAACUGCAUGGAGCAUGACACUGGCACAUCGUCAGCAUGCCCGUCCCAGCUGCAAGCCACAGUUGAUGCUCAAGCCUCAACCUCUUUAAGGCCGCUGAGUGAAGUGUGACCACUUCUCCCCGAAGCCCUGUAAAGCAGACUUGUUUUUGUAAUAUAUAUAUAUAUAUUGGUUCAAUAUGUGGAGCUGGUCUCUGUCAUCAGGUUUUUAUUAUUUUUAAGUAUUAGCUUUUUGUUUUUGGAAUUAAUGAACAUAAUGCACAACUAAAGAAGGACUAAAGGAUGAGCAAAAUAAUAAGCACUGGCUUCUGAGUUCAUGACGUUCCCAUAACCUCUUCUUGCCUGUGAAGAAGUUAUUUGCCCCAAGCAAAGUCUAUUUGAAGUACCUUUAUAAAGAGCACUUUUAGGACUCCGUGUUUAGUUUGUAGAGUAUAUAUAAAAUCCUGCGUUUGCUGUUUCAGAUAUUAGAGACACUGAGUCAACGCAGCAUCAAGGAAAACGUCUUUGCUGUGCUGGCAAUGUGUGUGAGAGAGAGUGAGUGAGUGAGUGAGAGAGAGAGAAAAAGAGAGAGAGUGAGCAGCAUUUCUACUGGCAAAAAAAUGUUUUCCAAAAACUGUUUACCACACAUCAUUUUCUCAUUUAAGUUUUUCCAUUGCCCUCUGAGUCGCUUGCUUUAACAACAAUGUGGUCAUCCCAUGAGCUUGGCUUUGGGAGGGGCUUCAAUUCGAUUAACCACAAACCCUGAAGCAAACAUACGCUUUAAAGACCCAACACGCAAGCGAGCAGGAAGGACAUCUUUUUUUUCAGAUGAAGGAAAAAUCAGAAAGCGUUUUAUUGUUGCUCUAAACUGAUCCGUGCACAUAGGCCUGUCUUCAUGGAAACAAUUCAUAGCUGCUUUGAAAUCUGCCACAAACUUGAGGUUUAAGUUCCUUUUGGUUAGGAUCAUUGUUAUAUUGCACAUUUAAUUACUGCUUGCCUGCUUCAGCUGCUGCUAGCCAUAUUGUCUAACUCACUUCAAGUGGUCACACUCAUCUGCCAAGGGGUUAUGGGAAGAACUUGAACCAGACUUUCAUUGUGAACUUACCUAAUCAACAGAUGGAGUUUCUGGAAAGAACAAAAGGCCCCCAUCACCCCCUUUUUUUUUUUUUUGGUAAAUUAAACCAGUGAUUAGAAAAAGUGAACACAAUUGAAGAAAAGCACUAUUUCUAGAGUCAGGAGACACGGCAUGUAAUCUUCAAAUACUUAGUGUGAAGUAAAAUGACUAUUCUUUGCACACCCCACCCCACGAGCCACAGCCCAACAAAAGAUCUUUGAUGGACUUUGAAUGAAAAUGGCAGAAGGUGCCUCCACAAAGAGUAGAACCUAUAUGAACCUAACACAAAGAUCUUAACGUUAUAAUGCUCUUGGGAAAUCUAAGCUAUUUGUAUACAUAAUAGUUUAAUCGUCUUCCAUAAGCAUUCUGAAGAGAUGGUGAAUAUCUGUGAUCUUCUAGCAUAAUACAGAUCAUGCACUGAGUAAAGUGGCAGUUAGAAUAAGGUUUGUGAAAUGAUGAAUCAAGAAAAAAAAAAAAAGGACAUUUAUUGAGCCAUUUUGUCCUUUCCUUACUGUGAACUGGUGUCACAACUGUACAGACCACGUACUCAUAAAGUGUUUACGUAUCA